UCUUGUGUAGUGACGGAUGCUCAAAGUUUAGACGUUUUCAAUGUACUAUUUAGCGCGGAGAGGCGGGGAAGGCUGAAGAAACGCAGAAAGGGAAAGAAACUUUCUUUCCCCUUUUUUCGGUUCACUCGGGACAGAAGAGGAGGGCGCUGGCGGAGAAGUGCUGGGCGUUUGGGAAACUUUUCUGAUCGGGAGAAGGAGAGAAGAAAUAAAAAAUGCAGGCACGCUACUCCGUCUCCAGUCCCAACUCCCUGGGCGUUGUGCCCUAUAUCAGCAGCGACCAGAGUUAUUAUAGGGCCGCUGGAGGUGGAUAUACCGGCAUGCCGGCCCCAAUGAGCAUGUACUCUCAUCCGGCGCACGACCAGUACCCUGCCAGCAUGGCCCGAGCCUAUGGACCGUACACUCCGCAGCCUCAGCCCAAGGACAUGGUAAAGCCACCUUACAGCUAUAUUGCCCUCAUUACUAUGGCAAUCCAGAACUCUCCCGACAAGAAGGUCACUCUCAAUGGAAUUUAUCAGUUUAUAAUGGAGAGGUUUCCCUUUUACCGCGACAACAAGCAAGGCUGGCAGAACAGCAUACGACACAACUUGUCGCUAAAUGAGUGUUUUGUCAAGGUGCCCCGGGACGAUAAGAAACCCGGGAAGGGCAGCUACUGGACACUGGAUCCGGACUCUUACAAUAUGUUUGAAAACGGCAGCUUUUUGAGACGCAGGAGACGCUUCAAGAAAAAGGACGUCCAGAAAGAGAAGGAGGAACGCGAUCGGCAAGUAAAGGAUCAGCCGAGCCGGCCGCAGGGUCGUGACUUGGAGCAGAGCGUCCAGGGAACUCCGCCGUUGCGGAUCCAGGACAUUAAAACUGAGAACGGCACUUCUACGCCACCACAAGCGGUCUCUCCGACCCUGAGCGCCGUGCCCAAGAUUGAGAGCCCGGACAGUAAUAGCAGCAUGUCUACUGGAAGCCCCCACAGCAUCCCAUCCAGUAGAUCCCUAAGUAUGGAGACUCCCGAGCACCACCAUCAUAAUCAGCCGCCCGCGCAAGGCUUCAGCGUGGACAACAUCAUGACAUCUUUGCGAGGGUCCCCUCAGGGCGCUGCGGAGCUUAGUUCCACCUUGAUUGCCUCCUCCAGGACAGGUAUUACCACUUCUUUAUCUCUAACUUACCCUCCAAGCCAAAGCUCGAUCUACAGCUCGCCCUGCAACCAGAAUGCGAGCUCGUCCGGCGCCAACACCAAUGCGACCUAUCACUGCAAUAUGCAGGCCAUGAGUCUCUAUGCUGGGGACCGAGCUAGUCACCUGGCCCCCACGAGCACGGUGGAAGAGAGCCUUCCAGAUUACUCGAUAACCACCACCACCUCGUCCCUAAAUCAUGGCAAUCUGAGCUCCAGCCAGGACGGCCACCAUUCGCAUCAGGGGCGGCUGGCAUCGUGGUACCUGAACCAAGCCGGGGAUUUGAGCCACUUGGCCGGCGCCUCAUACCCCGGACAGCAACAGAACUUUCACUCGGUCCGGGAGAUGUUCGAGUCGCAGAGACUUGGUUUAAAUAAUUCACCGGUCAAUGGGAAUAGCAGCUGUCAGAUGUCCUUUCCGACCAGUCAGUCCAUCUAUCGCACCCCAGGGGCUUUUGUGUAUGACUGCAGUAAAUUCUGACCACAAGAACAACCUUCUGGUAUUUAAUUUGCCCCCCUUCCUCCCCCUUAAAGAUUGGUAUCACAGUGCCUUCUUUAAAAAGCUACUCUAAAUAAUUUUCUGAAACAGAAAGCGUAUCUUGGUUUGUAAGGACAGUGUUACUCCAAAUAACACGUAAGUUUAUUUCUUGCCUUUUGAGAGCUCCCUUGUUUUUGUUUAAAUUUUAUGCUAUGCAGAUAUACCAAGUUUCUAAGGACUUGUUUUAAUGUAAAUUGCAUAUAGUAAUUUAUUUUUAAAUUUGUAAGUGGGUAAUUGUGGACCAAACACCAAAAAAAGUGUUUCCAGAUCGAUGUGCCUUAACUGUUCAUAAAAAUGUUCCAUUAUAUAUAAAUAUAUAAAAGGAACCUGUAUUAACGCCUUAUCAUUUAGAC